CAGACCCUGGGCCUGGGCCUGCCCGCGGGUAGGGCUGUAAGAAAGAAGGCGACGCCCAUUCGAUCCCAUCCCUGCUCGUUGUUUGGCCGAAGCGCGAUCGGUCUCCGAGCUCUCAAAUCUAGCUCUCCGUCGCACCAGAGCCAGUGGAUUUCGUGCCUUGUGAUUUCUCCGGAGCUCCUAAUUCAACGAUUUCCGAGGUUUCCCGAUUGGAUAAUUAUAGAUGUAUCAACCAAAACCUAUCUCCAAUUUAGUCUCAGCUCACAGCAAUCCACUAGUUUGUGACCAGCCAAUAGAAUUAGCUGGCAACAAUAUGGGCCCGUGCAGUGGAGGGACCAAUCAGAAUAACCCUAAUCUGGCCUCAAGGCAGCGUUUGCGAUGGACGCAUGAACUUCAUGAACGUUUUGUUGAUGCUGUAACACAACUUGGUGGACCUGAGAGAGCAACUCCUAAAGGUGUACUCAGAACAAUGGGUGUAACAGGGUUAACCAUAUAUCAUGUCAAAAGUCACUUGCAGAAAUAUCGGCUUGCAAAAUAUAUUCCUGAGUCUUCAUCUGAUGGUACAAAGGCUGCAAAGAAAGAUUCUGGAGACCUACUUUCAGGCCUUGAAAACUCCUCAGGGAUGCAAAUUACUGAAGCACUUAAGUUGCAGAUGGAGGUGCAAAAACGGCUCCACGAACAACUAGAGGUACAAAGGCAGCUGCAGCUGAGGAUAGAAGCCCAAGGAAAAUAUCUGAAGAAGAUCAUUGAAGAGCAGCAGCGGCUCGGGGGCGUGAUGGCAGAAACACCGAGUGCAAGCAUUCCUGCCCCUAUCUCAGGCAACCAGUGCCUCGACUCCGACAAGACUGACCCCUCAACCCCUGCCCCAACCUCGGAGUCCCCACUCCAAGUCAAGGCUGCUAGUGGGGACCAUGGAGGCAGUGGUGGACUCUUCAAGAGCCUCUCCCAUGAUGAUUCCUUCUCGUCCCACCAUGAGCCUCUGACUCCUGACUCCAGCUGCCGUGCCGGCUCUUCUUUCGAGAGCCCAAAGCAUGAGAGGCCUAUCAAGAGGCAGCGGGAAGCCAGUGAUCCAGGGAAUGGGAAGACCGAGCUGGUGCUUGUUCAUCAUAUACUUGAGUCAAGUUCAGGCUCAGAUUUCCAGCAGCCAUGCUCAAUUUUCCCAGCUCGUGGAGGGCAUUUUGAUUCCACAGGCACUUCAAUCUGCGACGAUGAUAGGUUGAAGAAUGGCUCGGGAAGUGAUGUAUGAUCAAACUAAUGCAAUGCUUUUUCUUAGAUGGUGGCUUGUUAGUCUUCCCAGAGAAAUAUUGUUAGGAAGUGUAGGUACUAUGAUUAUAUUAUGAUUACAAUGUGAUAUUUACGCCUGUAACUUUUCACCAUUUCAUGAUAUCUCCAUUUCCUGAGAUGCCUGUGUGCAUGUAUAAUUCAGAAAGAAAGUAAUAUCUCUGGACUUCAUCAAAGUUGGAUUCUUGGA